AUGGAGGGCCGAGCGGCGGCCAUCUCUUCUCUGUUUGUGGCGAUUGCGGCGGUGAUCGCUGGUUUCUUUGCGGCGGUGGAUGCUACUACUGAUCCUAAUGACGUUCAAGGGCUCCAGGUACUUUACACUUCACUAAAUAGUCCUCCACAGCUAACUGGCUGGAAAUCAAGUGGUGGUGAUCCGUGUGGAGAGUCAUGGAGAGGGAUCAUCUGUCAAGGUUCUUCUGUUGUCUCUAUCCAGUUAUCUGGAAUGGGACUCAAUGGAACAAUGGGAUACUUGCUAAACAACCUUGCUUCAGUUACAACACUAGACUUGAGUAACAACAAUAUUCACGAUUCAAUUCCAUAUCAGUUGCCACCGAACCUCACAAGCUUAAAUGUUGCGGAAAACAAUUUAAGUGGAAAUCUUCCAUAUUCUUUAUCCAAUAUGGGCUCCCUUAAUUACCUGAACAUCAGCCGAAACAUAAUGUCUCAGUCAAUUGGAGAUAUGUUUGCCAAUCAUUCUGCUUUAGCCACCUUGGAUAUAUCCUUCAACAGUUUUGCUGGAGAUCUCCCACCUUCCUUCACGUCACUGACUAAUCUCUCAACCCUUCUAGUACAGAACAAUCAACUUACAGGUUCUCUCGACGUCCUCGUCGGUUUGCCUUUGACAACUUUAAAUGUCGCAAACAACCAUUUUAGUGGCUGGAUACCUCAAGAACUAAUUUCAAUACCGAACUUCGUAUACAAUGGGAACACAUUUUCUAAUGGUCCUGCUCCACCUCCCCCACCUUACACUGCACCUCCUCCCGGUAGAUCACGCAAUAAUAACGGGACACGAUCUUCUCCUCCUCGACCUCAUAAUCCUAAUGCCACGCAUAACGAGCGUAAGAAUGGAUUGACAGCUGGCGCUAUAGUUGGAAUAGUUAUCGGGUGUGGAGUUGGAGCACUACUUUUUCUGCUUGCACUUGUGUUUUGCCUUAGGAAGGGUAACAAGAAGGAAGUUGCGGCUCGACUCUCGACAGGAAGUCAUACUGCCAGCAUUGAUAAUGUGAGCAUGGAGAUGCAAACACAAAGGUCAAAGCCACCUUCAUCUGCAACAUUUGAUCACUCGAAGCUUCCACCAGCUGAAACUGUUGCAAUCGAAAGGUUGCAAGGGAAAAAAAGCGGAUCUUUGAAAAGGGUAAAAUCUCCACUAACUGCUACUUCAUACACAGUUGCUGUGCUUCAAACUGCUACUAAUAGCUUCAGCCAAGAGAAUUUAGUCGGUGAAGGCUCUCUCGGUCGUGUCUAUAGAGCCGAAUUCCCCAAUGGAAAGAUACUUGCCGUCAAAAAAGUCGACAAUUCGGCAUUGUCACUUCAGGAGGAAGAUGAUUUUUUCGAAGCCGUUUCGAACAUGUCACGGCUAAGGCAUCCAAAUAUUGUACCUUUGGUCGGGUACUGUGCCGAGCACGGGCAGCGCCUUCUUGUACAUGAUUAUGUGGGUAACGGCUGCUUGCACGAUAUGCUUCACUUCGCUGACGAUAGAAGUAGGAUGCUGACGUGGAACUCACGGGUCAGAGUAGCUCUCGGGACUGCUCGAGCUUUGGAGUACUUGCAUGAAGUGUGUUUGCCUUCGGUUGUUCAUAGAAACUUAAAGUCGGCAAAUAUUCUUCUGGAUGACGAGCUGAAUCCUCACCUUUCAGAUUGUGGAUUAGCUUCUCUGACACCAAACACCGAACGGCAGGUGUCGUCGACUCAGAUGAUCGGCUCGUUCGGUUACAGUGCACCUGAAUUCGCCUUGUCCGGAAUAUAUACUGUGAAAAGUGACGUGUACAGCUUUGGUGUUGUUAUGCUCGAGCUUCUGACUGGACGAAAGCCUCUAGAUAGUUCAAGGUCGAGAUCCGAACAGUCACUCGUGAGAUGGGCAACUCCACAACUACAUGAUAUCGAUGCCUUAGCGAAGAUGGUGGACCCCACCCUAAAUGGCAUGUACCCUGCAAAGUCGUUGAGCCGAUUUGCUGACAUCAUUGCUAUUUGUGUCCAGCCAGAACCCGAAUUUCGACCCCCUAUGUCCGAGUUUAAGAAGCCGAAGAAAAGCAGCCAGGCAAAGUACACUAAUGGGUCGAUAGAAAAAAAUAGCUGCUUUUGCAUGAUUUGA